UUCAGGUAUUUUCUUUCAAUUGUGCUUGCUCUGUGGCAAAUGACAGCCAGGUCCUUUUUCUUGCCGCCUCCAGGGGGCAGUCCAGAGGCUGGUUUUAUUUUUUUGCUGCCUCUUGACAGCAACACACAGAGCAGGAAAGUACAAACCAAGUGCUGUGCUGCCGCAAAAUUUGUUGGACAUUUUCCAUAGAAAGUGUGCAGAGGUCUUUCUUUGAGUAGGGAAGAGUUUGCGUUGGCCCAGUGGCUUAUUGCUACGUGUUGAGCGUUGGAUUGUGCAGCCGAGUUUUCCCUCUUUUAGCAAACAACGUGGAAGCUAACGUACAGGUAAGCAGGAAAAGGCACUGUGGCCGGCUCCAAUGAAAUCGUAUGUGCAGGAAGGAGGCACUUCACUUUUUUACAAUUAAUAAAACAACAAAUAAAUGAAUGAAUGAAUGAAUGACCGGUUGUCAGGACAGGGUCUGUUUUUCCUAUCUUUUUUCUUUUUCUGAAACUACAGACCAAGACACGUGUCAAGGAGUGAGGCCCAGGCAGCGGGCUUUCUUUAAAUAGCCCUCUGUUCACAGCAACUCUCGCUUACGGCCAUACCACCCUGAGGGCGCUAGAGUGCAAACAGGAAGUGAUUUGGCAACAGUUGGGAGAGGAAGGCUCUCCCACACCUUUGUUUGUUUGUUUUUUUUUCUUUUGGAUUUUUGUAGAUUUUUUCUGUGAAUUAUUUUUGUUUUUGUUUUUUUGCUUUUUUCUUGUUUUCAAACCACCUAACAGCAGCUUAACGCUGUCUGGAAGGUGGUGGUUUUUUGUUGUUUUUGUUUUUUUUGUUUAUAUAUACAAUGGACGGAUUUUUGGUUAACAAUUCGGAAAUGGCUGGAGAGACACGGAGAAACAACGACAAUGGACUGGAAUACCGACAACGAGCUGGAAACCGAAAGGAUGGAGAAGCGAGGAAAAGUUUUGAGACAAGGAAGUACCUGAAAGAGGCGACUUUGAUUGUGAAUGUGGAUGGAGCGAACGAUGCUAAAGCAGAGGAUAUAAUUAAGGCAGUAACGGAGCGAAUUGGAGGAGGAACAAUUUUGGCGGUGAGACCGAGACAAGGAAAAGAGUAUGAACUGACACUGGAGAUGGAAGAAAUGUGCGACAAACUGAUAGAUGGACUGACAGUAAAAGGAGCUAACUGUGAGGUAAAAAAACUGCAGAACAGGGACUAUGUUGUUUCUUUCAUGCAUUUGCCCGUUUAUUUGGAAGAUGAAGGGAUUAUAGAAAAAUUGAAGGGAUGGGGGGUUUUCCCCAUAUCAAAAAUUAAAAGGAGACUAUAUCCGGGCACUAACAUUGAGGAUGGCACAAGGUUCGUCAAAGUGAGGUUCCCUAGAGAAGUGGUUUCCCUACCGUACAGCACGAAACUGGACACAGCAGAAGGGCCGCAAUAUUUCCGGGUGAUGCACAGUCACCAGGUGAAAACAUGUCGGUUGUGCAUGAGCCCGGAACAUCUGGUGAAAGAUUGCCCUGAUUUUAAGUGCUAUAAGUGCGAGGAGAGGGGACACUUCGCACGGGACUGUAAUGCCGUUAAGUGCCCGGAAUGCCAAGAGUUUUUAAAUAAAUGCGUGUGUUGGAUGGAAGAGGAGGAAGGAUGGGGAGGAGAACAGGUGAACGGGCAAAUGCAUGAAAGCAACAACGAGGAGGAAAGAAACAACGAAGAGGAGCAAGAAGCAGAGAAACCACAACAAAAGGAAACAGAAGAGGAAACAAACAAUGGAGAGGAGAGAGAAGACGGUAAAGAGAAAGAAAGCGAUGAAGAACAAACACAAGGAGGAGAUUCAGAGUGGACACUAAUGGAAAUAUCUUCAAGAUCUAAAACUUUUCUGGACGAGAUGGACAAAGAGGGACAAAGAGAAAAGGAACAAAGCAAAGAAACGGACAGUGAAGGAGAGAAUACGACAGAGGAGAUGGAGAAGGACAGAGCGGGGAGAGGAUUAAUAAGAAGAAGAUCGUUGAAGGUAACGCCAAAUGUGAAAACUGCAAGGAAAAAAGUGCUGAAAACAGGACUAGUGAAAUGUUUAAAUAGGUAUGAAGCGUUAAAGGAUUUGGAGGAGGAAGGCUGA